CUUCCCUCCGCCGUGUAUUCAGAGAGGGGCCACACGAGGCUGGAAAACGAGGAGGGGAUCCGUGGACUACCGAGGAGGUAAGGACACUCACGAGAGGACGGAGACGCGCGCUGGAAGGUCUUUGCCCCAACAGCUUCCCUUCGAGUUAUCACUUCCGCAAACCGGUUUGCUGGAGAUCACAUGACUCAGAUCAUAUGACCUACGGGAAGCACGAACACGUCGCAGUUGCACAACAGAGGGCUGCUCGAGCACAGGUCAAAGCGACCCUCCGAACCGAACCGCACCGCACCGCCGCGUGGGUGUCAAGGGCGUCAAGGACUGAGUUAGUCAGAGUUUUAGAAGCAAAUUGCGCGCAGGACGCGUGAGUCGAUCUCUGUGUUUUCCGGUGUCUUUGUCCUCUCGGCCACACACACACACACACGCGCGCAAUGAAGGGAAAUGUAGGGUUGCUGUUGUGUGCGCUCGCGUUGUUCGUAGCAGGCGCCAGAGGCGACACACCCGCGAACUGCUCCUACGAAGACCUGUUGGGCACAUGGGUGUUUCAGGUGUCGGAGGGCGGCAAAGAUCGGAGUGUGAACUGCUCUGCGGAGACGGGCCCUGCGGUGAAGACGGUGACUGUGCAUCUGGAGAAGUUGUCUGUGGCUGCAGAUGACCUGGGCAACUCCGGCUUCUUCACCAUCAUCUACAACCAGGGCUUUGAGGUGGUGCUCAAUGACUACAAGUGGUUCGGCUUCUUUAAGUAUGGUGAGCACGGCUCGGAGGUGGUCAGCUAUUGUGACCAGACGCUGCCUGGUUGGGUGCACGACGUGCUGGGGAACAACUGGGCCUGUUUCACCGGCAAGAAGCUCACCGCCGUGCCUCCCCACCGCCACCGCAACCCCCCCACCCCCGCCCACCGGUUGCUGCAGCAGACCUACAAGGCUAGUGAUGAGUUUGUGGAGGCCAUCAACGCGGCCCAGAGCUCCUGGAGGGCCACGAGCUACUCACACACACAACUACACACACUCCAGCAGAUGAUCUACAGAGCAGGAGGACCUCGCUCACACAUCCCACAACGUGUUCGCCCUGCCCCUGUUUCCAUGGAGACGGCAAAGCUGAGCGCUGGGCUUCCUGAGCGCUGGGACUGGAGAAAUGUGGGAGGAGCCAAUUACGUCAGUCCCGUGCGUAACCAAGCAUCCUGUGGGAGCUGCUACUCCUUUGCCUCUAUGGGGAUGCUGGAGUCUCGCAUUCGGAUCCAGACCAACAACACUCUACAGCCCAUCCUCAGCCCCCAGCAAGUAGUAUCCUGUUCUCAGUACUCGCAAGGCUGUGAUGGUGGCUUUCCGUACCUCAUUGGGAAGUACGUGCAGGACUUCGGCAUCGUGGAGGAGGACUGCGUUCCGUACCUCGGGGCCGACGCCCCCUGCUCCGUCCCCGACAACUGCCGCCGCCACUACGCCUCGGAGUACCACUACGUGGGCGGUUUCUACGGCAACUGCAACGAGCAGGCCAUGAUGCUGGAGCUGGUGAGGGAUGGCCCAAUGGGCGUGGCCUUUGAGGUGUACCCAGACUUCAUCCACUAUCAGGAGGGCAUCUACCACCAUACAGGUGUGUCUGUGGGCGGCGUCAACCCCUUCGAGCUGACCAAUCACGCGGUGCUGCUGGUGGGCUAUGGGCGGUGCCACAUGACGGGGCAGAAGUUCUGGAUCGUGAAGAACAGCUGGGGCACAGGGUGGGGCGAGGAGGGCUACUUCCGCAUCCGCCGCGGCCACGACGAGUGCAGCAUCGAGAGCAUCGCCGUCGCCGCCAAGCCCAUCUCGCCGCUGUAGACACACACACUCACACACACGCACACACGUGCACACACACGGAUAAGCAUACACACACAUACAGGAAGACACGCAACUCACACUUGCACAUACAUAAACAUGCACACACACACAUACACUUACAUACCAAUGCACACACACUUCCAUGCGCAUACACUGCAUUCACACAUGUCUACAUAUAUGCAACCAAGGCAUCUUGCGUCUCUACCAGAUUACUCUGAUUCUGUAAAAGAUUUUUCUACAAUCACUUAGGCUGAUACUGUGGCACACCCACGCUGAUCAUGAUGACAAGGGAACGUACGUGUGUGUGUGUGUGUGUGUGUGUGUGUGUGAGUGAGAGAGUGUGUGUGUGAGUGUGAGAGAGUGUGAGUUGGAACUGGGAAAUAAUUUUACUGCCAUUUGACUCCUUAAAUCUCAGGAAAUCAAAGGUGUGUGUGUGUGUGCGUGCACGUGCGCGUGCGUGUGUGCGUGCGUGUGUGUGUAAAGAAAAAGGGACAGAUGAAUGGACAAAUGGGUAGACAGAUGAUAAGGGAAUAACACACACACACAAACAAACAAACAAACAAACAAACAAACAAACAAAGGGACACACAGGGAUGGAACUGCACUGAUGGAAUAUGAGGGACACACACACACACACACACACACACACAGGGAUGGAACUGCACUGAUGAAAUAUGAGGGACACACACACACACACACACACACACACACACACACACACAGGGAUGGAACUGCAAUGAUGGAAUAUGAGGGACACACACACACACACACACACACACACAGGGAUGUAACUGCACUGAUGGAAUAUGAGGGACACACACACACAGUGUGAGGGCCAGGGGGCAGGAGGUGUGUAAGGAGGUGUGUAGAGAGUGACUGAUGACGGAGUGCCUCUGCUUUUAGUUGUGAAUUUUUUUAUGUGAGAAAAUCCUUUGGGAAAUACAUGUCUUUGGGAAAUAAAGAUUUCUUUUACUUCUA